AUGAAUAGGAUACCUCUCCCACGCGUAUCCCUCUCAUCAUUUCUUUCCUCUGCCAAAAAUGCACUAAAUGGAGGCAUAAAGACUGAAGGGAAACUCAACUUUGUCGUGGGUAAUGAAUCGGCUGAUCUGGAUUCCCUCUGCAGUGCCAUUCUCCUAGCCUACCUACGCACCUACUCCCCACGAAACCUUACCAAAGCCCUCUACAUCCCUCUCUCGAAUCUGCCUCGUGCGGAUUUAGUAUUACGGCCAGAAUUACAUCCUGUGUUAGAAAAAGCAAAAGUGAAGGUGGGGGAACUAAUCAGCUUGGAUGAUUUGAGACAGCAGGAUGCGAAGUUUAGGUUAAAGCCUGAUGAUAUGAAAUGGAUAUUGGUGGAUCAUAAUGCAUUGCAGGGAGAAUUGGGACGGGUUUAUGGGGAUAGGGUUAGAGGGUGUAUUGAUCAUCAUGAGGAGGAGGGAAAGGUUCCUGAAAAGGAAAUUUGUGAGGGAGAGGGCGAAAUGAGGAUUGUGGAGAAGAGCGGGAGUUGUGCGAGUUUGGUUGUUGGUUGGGGAAGAGGAGACUGGGCGGAGAUGACGAGGAAAAAGCAGGAGGUGGAUGGUGAAGGGGAUGUAAGUCACUGGGAUGGAGAACUAGCCUAUCUAGCCCUAGGGCCAAUCUUAAUCGACACAAAUAACCUACAAUCCCCCGACAAAACCCAAGACAGCGAUAGAGCCGCCGUCCAAUUCCUAGAGGACUUAAUUGCAAAAGACCCCAACACUUCCCACUGGAACCGAGAUGAAUAUUUCUCCUCGAUAACAGCAGCCAAAGAAGACAUAGGAAACAUGAGCUUACGCGAUAUACUACGCAAAGAUUACAAAGAAUGGAACGAAGGAGGAACAAAUCUAGGUAUAAGUUCAGUAGUACAAGAUUUCAACUUCCUGCUCUCGAAAGCCGGGAGCAAGGAAAUUUUUCUCGAGAUCCUAGGAGACUGGGGAAAAGAAAGAAAAUUGGAUAUUUGCGCGGUGAUGACAACAAGCAAUAAUGAAGGAGUGUUCAGAAGGGAACUUUUAGUAUGGGGCCUGGGUGAACAGGGAGUGCAGAGUUUAGAAAAGUUUAAGAUGGUGGGAGAGGAAAAAUUAGGGUUGAAGGUUUGGGGUGAGGGCGUGUUGAAUGUAGAUGGUGAGAGGGAAAUUAGACAUUGCUGGUGGCAGGAACGAAUUGAGAAUAGUAGAAAGCAGGUUGCUCCUCUUCUGAGGCAAUCGAUGCUUUGA